UCCGCGCUUCCUGUUCCUGCGCGUCUCGACGGUCCGGGACUCGGGUAUCGGCAUUGGAGAUUAGCCGAGGUUGCCCGCAAAGACGCUGCUGCCAGGAAUAAAAAUGGAGGAGCAGGACCUGCCAGGACCCAAUCCAGCAAAGAGAUCAGAAGUGAGAGGAAAAGGCUCCCGUGCUGUCCAAACUGGGACUGCCAGGGGGUUUCCAGCUGAGACCACCCCGAGAAUAAUUAAGCAUGAACUAAACAAGGGGCCCCACCAGAAAACUCCGCAGCAGGGGUUCCUGAAGUCCAAAUGGUCUAUGCGUUCAAGAUCGAAACCCUCGUGGCUCUUUCAGUCCCAGCCGCGGUUGGAUGAUGAUAAUGACUUCCAGGCCUCCUUCAAGGCUGUCAUUGACACCAGCCGGUGGCCAACAGGAGAGAGUGUGUCCCGUCGAGAAGCCCGCGGGGCCCAUCAAAGGCUGGAUCCUUUUGUGAAAGUGAAGGAGGAGAUUCUGGAUGAGGAAGCUCUCAGCUUGGAGAUACGAUGUCUGCGGUUCCGGCAUUUUGGCUACCAGGAGACAGAGGGGCCCCGAGAGGCCUUGAGACAACUCCGGGAGCUUUGCCGCCAGUGGCUGAUGCCCGAGAGGCACACCAAGGAGCAGAUCCUGGAGUUGGUGACCUUGGAGCAGUUCCUGACUGUCCUGCCCCUGGAGAUGCAGUGCUGGGUCCGGGAAUGGGGCCCAGAGACCUGCACCCAAGCAGUGGACCUUGCAGAAGAUUUCUUGAUGAAGCCUCAAGAGACCGAGAGGCCAGAGGAAAAGAUAUGGGGGCCUUUCACAAAUGUGGCCAUUCCUUCGCCCGCAUCAGAGGAGGAUUCCUCGGACACUGCUGAAAUGCAGAUUUGCACGGAGGUCAAGGAGGAAGCAGAUGAGAUCAACUUGCUGGGUCAAGAUUUAGAUGACAGGCACGAAUUGGAAGAUACAGAAGGGAUCUUUGAAGAGGAAACAGUUGAGCAAGUAGUUGUGGUUGGAGUAUCCCCGGAAAGAGCCAAGGGGGAUAUUUUCCAGGAUCCUGAAGUUGACAAGAGACCUGGAAGCCAGGAGGGACAAGAAAAUCGCCGGGACAAGCACCCGAGGAAGGCAGCAAAACCAUCUGGGCAACGUGAGGAAGGCAACAAGGGUUUGAACCAAAAUACCUUCCAGCACGGAAUCCGCCAGAUCUUUGAUCUCCUGGAGAAUCAGAAGCAGCAGGUGAGGGAGAGGCCGUACAAGUGCACAUACUGCAGAGAGAGUUUCCAGAACAAGUCCCACCUUUCGAUUCACGAGAGGACACACACCGGAGAGAAACCGUACGAAUGCCUGAACUGUGGGAGGUCGUUCUCCCAGCACUCGAACCUCCUGAGGCAUGAGAGGACGCACACGGGGGAGAAGCCCUACAAGUGCGCCGACUGUGACAAAAGCUUCAACCAGAAGGCCACCCUUGUCAUCCACCAGAGGACUCACACGGGAGAGAAGCCGUACCAGUGUUCGGAGUGCGGCAAGAGCUUCAGCACCAGCUCCCAGCUCAUCACCCACAAGCGGAUCCAUUCGGGAGAGAAGCCGUAUCAGUGCUCUGACUGCGGCCAGAGCUUCAGCCGAAGGCCACACCUUGUGGUGCACGAGAGGACCCACACUGGGGAGAAGCCAUACAAAUGCACCGACUGUGGGGAGAGCUUCAGAAACAGCUCGGUCUUCAACGUUCAUAAAAGGACCCACACGGGAGAGAAACCGUAUAAGUGCUCCUACUGCGGGCAGAGUUUAAGCCGGAGGACCAACCUCAUUAAACACGAGAGAAUCCACACGGGAGAAAAGCCCUUCAAGUGCCCAGAAUGCGACCUCAGCUUCCGGUCUAGCACCUUGCUGAAAGCUCAUAAGAGGACCCACACAGGGGAGAAGCCGUACAAAUGCCUGGAGUGCGAGAAAAGGUUCUGUGGUCUCACGGGUCUUCGUAAACAUAAGAAAGUCCACACUGAGAAACAGCCAUACUGCAAAUGCAUUCUUCUUCCUGCCUCCCCCCCUUCUCCUGGCUGGCUGGGAAGAAGAAACAGCCUUUUGCAUGCAUUUAGAAAUAUAUAUAUAUUGCUUGCAUUUUGGAGUACAGAUUGCUACAGCUGCAGCAUAACUGGAGAAAGCUGCUGCGAAGAUUUCAACAUGGAGGAACAAGACAUUGCAAGACCCAAGCAAGCUGGGAGGAGAUUGGAGGAGGUAGGAAGAGCCAGUGAUGUCCAAGGGGAGAGCACCACCAAGUCUGUGACUCAGGCACCACCGCAAGGCGUUAAGCAGGAACUAGAAGAGGGGUUGCUGCAACAAGGCUGGGGAGCCCAGUGGUCAGAGUUCCUGGGCGUGCCACAGCCCCCUCAUUCAAGAUGGAAAAACUUAUGCCCCUGGUCAGGGCCUGGCGCCAAAGAAAUCCCAGCCUCCAGAGCCGCUGAGGCUUGCCGCUGGCCCAGCCGGGAGUAUGCAACCCAAACCGCGGCAGUUCCUGGUGAUGAAACCCGAGAGGCCUACAAAAGCCUGGACUUCGCUGUGAAAGUGAAGGAAGAGGUCCUGGACGGGGAGGCUCUCAGCUCCGAGACACUGCGCCAGCGGUUCAGGCAGUUCUGCUACCGGGAGGCCGAGGGGCCACGAGAGGCCUUCAACCAGCUCUGGGAGCUUUGCCGCCAGUGGCUGAGGCCCGAGAGACACACCAAGGAGCAGAUCCUGGAGCUGGUGAUCUUGGAGCAGUUCCUGACCAUCCUGCCUCUGGCGAUGCAGAGCUGGGUUCGGGAGAGUGGCCCAGAGACCUGUUCUGAAGCGGUGGCCCUGGCAGAGGACUUCUUAAUGGGGCAGCCAGAGGCGGAGGGAUGCCCACCAAGAACUCCUGCCAAAAGAGCCAGGGAAAGGGAGAGCUACAGGCUGCCUUGGAAUAUGUCAGAGCCUCUGGAAGACAUGGCUGAUAACACCACAGUGUCGGCAGAGGAUAUGUCGGACCUGGCGAAGCUGCAUUUUGCCUCAGAUGCUAAGCAAAGGAGCGAUCGGGAGGCCAUCUUGCUGGGUGAGGAUCAAAUGGAGACAAAAGAGGGAGAUCCACAACCUGUGGAACUCAAUGAGACAUUGUUGGGAAGAGCCAAAGGGGAUCCCUCCCUUUUUCAUGUUGAGGAAGAGGCAGCACCUGAGUGUCAGCCAGAACCAAGAGGUCUCCAGGGAAACCAUCCCGGGAAGGAAGCAGCAAAGAAGGCCUUGCUUUGUGAAGGAGGUAAUGGAAGCUCUCACAAAAGCACAGCUAAUGAAGGGAUGCUCAGGAGCAAAAAGAAGUGCACUGAGUGUGGAAAUCUCUGCGAGGUCUUUGACCUCCCCACGAACCAGAAAUCACAAACGGAGGAGGAGUUUUACAUAUGUCCCCGGUGUGGGAAGACCUUCAAGAAUGGAGUAUCCCUUGCUCCACACCAGGGGACCUCCGUAGCCGGAGCAAAACCCUACCCGUGCUCAGAGUGCGGCAAGAGCUUCGGCACCAAGGCUGCCCUCCUGAAGCACAAGGGGACGCACACGGGAGAAAAGCCCUACGUGUGCUCCGAGUGCGGGAAGUGCUUCACCACCAGCUCCAACCUGAUCUACCACAACAUCGUGCACACGGGGGAGAAGCCGCACAAGUGCUCCGAGUGCGGCAAGAGCUUCCACUGGAAGUCGUCCCUCAUCACGCACGAGAGGACCCACACGGGGGAGAAGCCGUACGAGUGCCCCGAGUGCGGGAAGAGCUUCGGCAACAGCUCCCAGCUCCUGCGGCACAAGCGGGUGCACACGGGCGAGAAGCCGUACCACUGCUCGGAGUGCGGCCGGAGCUUCAACCAGAUCGCCUCGCUCAUCGCGCACAAGAGGAUCCACACGGGAGAGAAACCCUACGAGUGCUCGGAGUGCGGGAAAGGCUUCGGCACCAGGACGAACCUGAUGAUGCACAAGCGGGUGCACACGGGGGAGAGGCCGUACAAGUGCUCCUACUGCGGGCAGAGCUUCAGUCAGAGGACGCACCUCAUCAUCCACGAGAGGACCCACACGGGCGAGAAGCCCUACACGUGCUCCGACUGCGGGAAGAGCUUCAACGCAAAAGCUCCCCUCAUCACGCACAAGAGGACCCACACGGGCGAGAACCUCUACCAGUGCUUCCAGUGCGGGAAGAGCUUCAGCACCAGCUCCAACCUCCUGAACCACAACAUCAUCCACACGGGGGAGAAGCCGCACAAGUGCUCGGACUGCGGCAAAUGCUUCAACCGGAAGUCGUCCCUCAUUACGCACCAGAGGACCCACACCGGGGAGAAGCCCUAUGCGUGCUUUGAGUGUGGGAAGUGCUUCAUUUCGAGCUCGGACCUCACGAAGCACAAAAAAGUCCACAGGGGGAAGCGCUCGGCCAUCGCGGAAAGCGUUGUGUAUAGCCCGGCGCUUGCCGAACCCGGUAGCGUUCAACCGGGAGGGCAGCCUUGCUAGGCCCGAACAAAGGGGAGAUGCUGUCAGACCUGUGUCCUUUUCAAUACGAGUCUGCCUCAGUCACGUAUAACAGUGAGAGCCAAAGGUUCUGGUUUUAAU